UUUUAUACUGUAAAAUUAAUUGUAUGCAAGUGCUUACUUCUUUGAAAUAUAAUAACAAAAGGAUUUAAAAAUAGAUCGUCAGUAAAUGCGUCCUUAAUAUUUUGUGAUACAUAAUUGUAUAAAUAAAAAUGUCUUUUAAUGAACGCCCCACCACAUCAAAGGAUACUUCAUUUGACUCUUUCUAUACGGAGGUUAAAGAAAUAGAAAAACGCGAUUCUGUUCUAACCUCUUCUCAACAAAUUGAUCGUUUACUUCGUCCAGGUUCAACAUAUUUCAAUCUCAAUCCAUUCGAGGUACUACAGAUAGAGCCUAGUGCUACUGUUGAAGAAAUAAAGAAACGUUACCGCACACUCUCCAUACUGGUACAUCCGGAUAAGAAUCAGGAUAAUAAAGAUCGUGCCCAGACUGCUUUUGAGAUUAUAAAUCGAGCUUGGAAGACACUGGAAAAUGAUGUCACGCGAAAAAAAUGUCUCGAUGUUUACGAGGAAGCGAAAGAAAGAACGGAUCACAUGAUUGCAGAGAAAAGAAAGAAGCUUCGAAAGGAGAGUAAAGGUUUUGAAAACAUCCCUGAAGAUGACCCUGAUAAAUAUAAACAUGCCAUAUAUGUGAUGGUUAUGAAAUUGUUUGCUGAUAUGGAACGGCGUCGGCAACAAUUAGAUCAACGAGAUCAAGAAGAGCGCAAACGUAAACGCGAAACCGAAAUUGAGGAGGAAGAAAAAAGAAAAGCUGAUUUAGAAUGGCAGAAGAACUUUGAAGAGUCGCGCCAAAGUCGUGUAAAUAGUUGGCAUGAUUUUCAGUCCGGUGCCAGCAAAUCUAAGAAGUCAAAAAAACAAAAGCGUAUGCAUGGAAUGAUUGUUCCUCCCAAGUUUAAGCCUGAAUCACGAUAAGCGCGUAUGCAAAUGCAUAUCUAUAGCAACAAACUUUAUAUCAUUAUUUUUUAUACUUCAAAUUAAGUUCAUAAAUCAAAUAACACGGAUUCCAUGUGCGAAGGCUGAAAAUAUGUUAAAUAUAACAUGCCUUUAAAUGAGAAAUAAGUGUUCGGAGUUCGGUUAAGUUGUCAUUUAGUUGCCGCUCAUUAUACAUACAUAUGUAACUAAAAAUAAUAAAAUUGACAUUAUUACAUUUUGUAAAAUACAGCCAAAUGGAUA